ACGAAUCUCAAGUGAAACCUUUGUAGAAGAUAAAAACAGAAGUAAGAUGGAAGAGAACUUGAAGAAGCAAGAUCUACGGACUAUAGAAAGAGAAACCAGAGUGUACGUGCGUCUUGCGAAAAACCAGAUGUACAGAAGCGAGUGUAAGUUGCACGAGAAAGAAAGAAAAAAAGAAAGAUGGAAGAAAGGAGGAAGAAGAUGAGAUGUUGGAUGAAAGAUGAAGAGGAGGGUGGAGUGAUAUAAACAGAGCAAGAAGAAAGGAAGAAAGUCGAGGAAGAGAGAAAGGUGGAGGCGAGGCGUGUGUGCAGAACGGAGGCAAUGUCACCGAACUUACAUAAUGUGUCCUGUUUCUUCAAUUACACGCGCCGAGAUAUCGAUGCAGCGUACAUUUAGGUCGCUUGUACCUGUAUAUAUAUGUAUAUUCGAGAGACCUUUGCUCCUGCCAUAACUGUGGAGGAUGGAAAUGGCAGUUGCAGAACAAAAAGAAUGUGGGACGUUGUUCUUUCGAACGCAGAUACGCCCGAUGUAUUUACUCUUUGUAUUAUUGUCUCGUUUGUUAUGUACAAAGUGAGAGGAAACCUGAUUCCUUUACGUCAAAUCCUCCUCCGUUUCUCUAAACCAACGAGUUGAACAAAUCUCUAGCCAUCUUCUUUCUCAAUCCGUUUCUAACUAAAACCAUCGUAACCGUUAACCGAGAAACUUAAAACUUCCUCCGAGCGAUAGAAACAAGCCAAAUUCAGCGUUCUAUGUUUCUUGUAUCGAGAAAUCGGAAAAAUCUCUAGCCACGUAUCUUCCUACGCUGGUAAUUUAAUUCCCAAUCUUGUCGCAAUGAUCACCGCUGUAUCUGUAAACUCAGAGAUCUAAAAUUUCCUUCGGGAACAGUCAAAAUCCUCCUUCUCAGCCCCAUCCUCGCCUUGGAUCUUUCUAAACCGACAAACGUCGAAGAUCUUCGAAAUAGCCGCAGAAAAUGUUCGUUAUAGCCUGUUUUAAAUUCACCAAUCGAUGGAACCUUCGAUGCCAACAUAACGCAAAGGAACGGAGACACAGGGUAACCUACGAUAAAUGUCAGAUCGGUGGCAAAGAUCGUGGGACGAGGCAUCGAACCGUGUUACGCCCGUUUCGGCGCGUAGUUCUUUCCUCGGUGGUCAGAACAUCGGUAAAAUCCAGCUAUCGAAAGCAGAUCGAUCCACGCAACGUCGUCAGCUCCCUCGAGGUGUUCCUCGGCUGGCUAACUUUAUCGGGCUCGCUCUACUUUCCAUUUUAAUUGCGAACACCUGGGAUUCUUCGAUGGAAUCCGACGACUGGAAACGAAUGGCAGAUGCGACGUGUCCGCGCGAAUGGUGGGAUCCUACGUCUGUAAACGUCGCCGGCGACACUUUCCACUCGAAUGGUUCGUCGACGCGACUGGCAGACGUUUUCUAGGUGAAUGGAACGGGGAUUCUGGAUAGUCGGUUGAUACCAAUCGACGGAGAAAUGGGAGAACGAAGGGUGAUCAGAGGCGCGGCAGAAAUUCCUCUCGCGGAGGGAUGACCGAUGCGUGUAUUGGCGCGGGUGAGAGGUGGAAAGCGAGAAGAAGAAAGGUAAGAGGUGCGGAUCCCUUCCCUUUCGUUCAGAAGCUUGGAAGAAGACUCGAGAGGAGAUCGGUGUAGUCGCAGUGCAUCGGCUGCUACACGCUGGCCGAACGUUCGACGUCGGACACCUUCGCCGGGACACUCAUGCAACGUGCGACAAAAUGCCGACCACGCUGCCCGUUCUGUAUCUCGUGACGCUGGUCUUAUGCAACAUUCACGGCAGUCUUGAACAUGAAAUUCCAAGGAGGAGCUUCCUGUCACGAAGAGCCAUUGAUGGUACCAGGGGGAGGAAGUUCUUCGAUCCGGAAGAAGAGGGAGCGUUCGACAGUUACGGAUCUGCUGGUGGCCAGUACGAUCCAUACCAAGAGAAAACAGAUUUGUCAGACAUUAGGAGGAACGUGCCAGGAGAACCAGGUAUUGAUUAUCCGGCAUACACGACGCUCCCUCAGACAGGUUUCACGUGCGAGGGACGCUCACGAGGGUACUACGCGGACGAGGUGGCGGGAUGCCAGGUUUUCCAUGUGUGCCACGACGUAUUGGUCUCCUCCUUCCUCUGCCCCAUAGGCUCUGUAUUCAGCCAAAAGCUGCUCACCUGUGACUGGUGGACCAAAGUAGACUGUUCAGCUAGCAGCAAAUACAUAGACGUGAAUCGCAACAGUUACCAGCAAGAUGACGACGAGAUGAUUCGAAACGCUUACGCAAUGAUCAGUCUCCAAUCAGGAACAGACGUGACCAAGGAUGGUCUGGUAGAUCCUGAUCGAACUGGAAGCGUGGUGGACUAUCAGAGAGGUCCAGGAAGAAUCCUCGACUAUUCGUCAGUUGACACAACAGGAAACGACUUGAGGACCAAUUUCGAAGACUAUCGUAGACCUGCCAAUCGAGAUUUCCUGCCACCCUAUCAACUCAAAGACAAAAAGCCGGAAAUUAGUGGAAAUUAUCAAAGCAAAUUCUAUUCUAGCGAGAAAUCCAGGUCUCCCUACGAAGAUUCGCCGAUUAUUCGAGUUCAGAAGAUCAACGAUCCAGGAUAUGGAAACCAGAGGAACAAAGAUUUCCAGGAGACCUAUCGAAGGCCCAACGAGUUCACCAAUCAGUUCCAACCAUCUUACGCACCUACUGUACCGACUGUCACCACUACAACUAGAAGAUUUUACUCUCCAACUGUCCCUACCACAUUCAAAUCGUCUACUUUGGCAUACAACAAGUUGGACCAGGCGAUAGACAGCUCUGAAUAUUAUCUUUCGCGCAGUAGGUCAAACAGCUUCGUCACUCCUCCUACCAGAGUCUUCUCGAACGACGACAAGAGUAGACAGGAUUUAGGAAGAGACUUGAAAAUAUCUGAAGCUGUUUCUUUGAGGAAACCGAACAGGGAUGACGAUUAUAGUAGACAGGAGAGUUACGAGUAUGAUUACGACGAUGUCAAUAGCGACGAAACGAGAGACGAACGUCCUAAAGAGAGAUUCCAGGUGAGAGUUCUCGACGAUUUUAAUUACAAUCGUACCAAAGUGUCGAACGGAGGAAGUUCUUUGUUUGAUAGGGUCUACGCAGGAUUCAACCACAACAGCAACAACGAAGAACCUCUGGACGACUUCGAAACGAGAGGUAGCAUUGGUCUAGGCCACGCGUUUCGUCAGUCGUUCAGGGGAAUCUCGGUUGACGAACAGAAUCCUGCGAGAGACGAAACCAAAGUUUAUGGUGAAACUCAAAGAGGAAUUAAUUUCAAUAAAGAAGAGAUUAAGUACACCUUGGUCAGACCGGAGCCUACGCGUUAUCCCGCAGAAAAGAAAGAGGAAACGACUGAACAAUACCAAAGAAACGAUCAAAGAGACACCAAAACGAAUAAGGAAGAAUUUCUGAAUAAUUUCAAUACUUUCCCAUCAACGACCGCUUCGUCAAUUAUCGAAAGUACCAUCAAAGCAAGCACGAAUCUUCACGAACCACGUUCUUCGAUAUCAAAUGGAUCGAGUGAUUUGAACAAUUCUACUGACGUAAAUUCCGAAUUUUUUAAUGAGAAACAUUCCAUCGAUACAGAGGACAGUGGUUCUCAAACGUCUAGACCAGUCGAAUUUCUAGAAUCUCCUCAAAAGACGCAAAGUAAGUUCCAGAUAAAGGUGCCAGAUAUACCUGAAGGAUCCACUUUAUUUAAUCGUUACACGACUCAGAAUGAUGAACCUAGUUCAAAGACGACUGAGAUACCGAGGUUCCAGAGCAUUGGUUCUGACGAUUAUGUCGAUCAGUCUACUUCUUUCGAUAGAAACACAGGAGUAACGACCAAUUAUGGAAACGCAGAGAUCUCUGAAGACUCCAGUUUGCAGAAUCAUGGUAGUACUGUGGCUAGACCCCUAGUACCCUCCACUGGAUCGUGGUUUUCUUCCUCUUUCUCCGAUCAAUCGAAUACCAAAAGUCCAACGAAAGAUUACACCAGGCCCGAAGAAGGUGAAUCUCCUCACACAAAUCAUUUUGAUCCUUCUUUCAAAUCUACGAACGACACUGAAGAGAAACUUGAGGAUAAUAAAAAGAGUGAACUUCGGUUUACCACAGAUGAUGCUGUUCAGAAUUCCAGGACGAUUUCUGUGAGUGCAAGCACCGUGUCUCCGCCAAAGAUUAUAAAAGCUAUAACAUCCUCGGGUUUCGUGAACUCUUCAGGAAGUGUUUCAAUAAUUAAAACUCCCGAAGAAUUGUCGACACAGGGACCGAUCGGAAUUUCGACAUCUCCCGUAACUAAAUCUGUCGAUAUUGAAUCUUCGGUGUCAACUUUCAGACCUGUAACGCAUAGGAGCAUAGAAUCAGGCAGAAGAUCGGAAGAGAAGUCGAAAGAUGACAGAGAUAGCGUAGAAGCCUCGACCGUGAAUGCUUUACUUGGAUCCAUCAUGCCAGAAACUCUAAAGCACAUCGAAGAAGCUAUAGAGAAGAAUAAUUCGCCUUACCAAGUGACGUUGACGAUGAACAAAGGCGCGGAGCUGAUACCUACCGGACAAGAUAUAAUUAGCAAACUGAUAGCCCAACAGGGCAAAGAAACGUCGACUCUCAAUGACGAGAUACACGAACUAGAAAUAAUUAGAUCUUUGGAGCCAGAAGUUCAUAGAAUGACAGAGUUACAGAUCACUGCGGCGAAUAUUUCGGACGCGAGAAAUGCGUCUAACUUCGGAAACGAUUUUAUCAAUUCCGAUCUAACCGAUUUUAAGGCAAACAACCCGAAUACAGUCAGUCUUCUUCAACUGAUGUCGGAAUUAAUGAAACAUGACCGAGUUCCUCGACCAUUUUCCCUGUCAGUCGCUCAAAAUCCGGAGCUACAGACAGUAAAUUCGAACGUGCAACAGCCGGAUGAAGCGACAUUUAGGUCUCAAGAGAGUUCUGCGCUGCCGAACUUGAAAACUUCUGCUCCUCGAUCGAAAGAAGGGAUUCUGGAUCAGCUAGAGCAGCAUUUCGGAGAACCUCUUUACAGAGAACAGAAAAAGAUAUUUGAUCUUCCUGAGAAACAGAGGUCGAUUGAUUUCCAGACCGCAGUUCUUUUUAGGAACACGAACAAAUACGAGGAAUCCAGCACCGAUAAGACGAUCGUGCCGAUUGCUCAAACGAAUUCUAAGAUAGAUAUUAGGUCGACGACGACAUCUACGCCGAAGACCACGUUUGCCACGAAAUCCGAGAAGACUGUGGUGAAAACAGAAUUUGUUCCAUCGAUUGGAUUCUCUUUUGACACCGACGAGGGUAGAGAAGAAUACGUCGAGGCUGUUUUAGGUGGCCUGAUCGAGCCACAGGCAGCAGAAAGUCAGAAGAAAGAAAUUAUCUCGAAAGAGAAACCAGAGGGAGAGACGAUUUUGAAAAAGAAUGAAACAACAAAAAGUGUCCCAGAAGAGAUUUAAGGGUUGUUUCUAGGAUGAUUUUUCCAAGGAUGAACUUAGGUUUAGAACGAAAUCUGUGAUGUCCUGCCGUUUCGUGCUUUCUAUGAUAGAUCUUCUCGACUAUCUUUUUUCUUCUCCCUUAAUCGAUAUUUUUGAAUAUUUUCUCUUUUAUUCUCGGGGGUAUUACGAGUUCGAGACUUUUGUAAUUAACGUCCCUUCCUUCGUGAUUGAAAAAUAUAACGAAUCAUUGAAUACAGAGGGAUUAUGGUAUAAUAAUUUGAAAUGGGGGAUUAAUAGUUUUUUUACCAUUUAUGUUGCGAGAGAAUUAAACAAUCGAGAGGAUUACAAGUACGAAAUUUGUAUGAAAUUAACGUUCCUUGUUUCGUGAUUUAAAAUUUCAACGAGCUUUUGAUGGAAGUCUUGGAAGACGGAGAUUAAUAUUUCUUGUUACCAUUUAUAUCGUAAGCGAAGAAAAAGGGCUGAUAUAUAAUUAGUUUCAUUAACUCUUUCUAGGAUAUUCUUACUUUUAAUUAAAUCGACUAACAUAACAGUGAGUUGGGUGUAAAAUGUCUUUAAGGUUUUAAGAUAGAACUAGACGUAACAUGUAUAAAAUGGUAAUUAUAUUAUCGUUGUUGAUAAGAUCUAUCAUUGGUCUUCAGAAAAACAAUAUCGUUACUAUUUGAUAAUACAAAAUACGUUUUACUAACUUGAUAACCUACCAAUGACAAGGAACAGGGUUUCGAUACUGUAAACUAUAGAUUCGUAGAUGUGUGUGUUAAUGUAUGUACGAGUGUGCAAGAAACAAUAGUAAUUAUACGACUAUUAAAUUGUACCUUAUGUAACCCAACAUUCUAAUGAUUCUUAAAUAUAUCCUAUCGUUGCGAAGAA